GCAUUUUUUAAAGAGUAUAAACAGCAGCUUCUGUUGGCUUAUGAUUAUGAAGCUCCAUAAAUAAAAUACCCUCCCUCUCAUCGGCAGCAGUCUUCAUAUCUAUAUUUCCUGCAGCCUAAAGAGUCAAAUAUAUAGGCAAUGACUGAUGAUCGCAGGAAUUGAAAUAUUGUCCCACUCGACACACAUGACUUCGUUAUUUCAUACAUACCCCUAUUUCCAUUCUCCCACCAAAAUCGCAAAAUCUCGACCAGCUUUCAAGGCAUCAGUUCUUGGAAACAAUGAAGAGGUGCAUGUAAUAAGAAUAACCCCAAAAACACAUAACCAACAAGAAAUUUCUCCCAUCGUGGAAUCCAAAAGAUCUUUGCAGGUUAUUUGGGCUCGAGUUGAUUCAAGAAAACCAUCAUCAGAGCUAUCGUUACUCGAAAAGAUAUUUAAAAAAAUUAAUAGCUACAUCAUCAAAUUCCUCGAUAGUCCUCUUCAUCUAUCAGUCGACCCGAGUUACACACUAUCAGACAAUUUUGCACCGGUUGAUGAGCUGAGCCCCACCAAAUGUGAGGUCAUACAUGGCUUCAUUCCUCCUUGCCUCGAUGGUGCCUACAUUCGUAACGGACCUAACCCACAGUUCAUCUCCGGUGGUCCACAUCACUACCUUGACGGGGAUGGGAUGAUGCACUGCAUUAGGAUCUCCGAUGGUCAACCCACUUUCUGCAGCCGAUACGUGAAGACCAACAAGUAUAUCUUUGAGCACCAAGCUAGAUCCAACCUCGUCCCAAAUGUUAUUGGAGGCAUGGAAAGUCUCGCCCCCUUUGUUGCUCGUGUUGCAUUGUUUCUUGCACGAGUUGUUUCCGGAGAUUAUGAUAUUAGCAAAGGCUUUGGUGUAGCGAAUACCAGUUUAGCCUUUUUUGGGGGUAACUUGUAUGCGUUAUGUGAGUCCGAUCUACCCUAUGCAAUCAAAGUUGAAGAAGAUGGCGAUAUAACAACCUUAGGUCGCCAUGAUUUUCAUGGUAAGCUUUCCAUGAACAUGACGGCUCACCCAAAGACUGAUCCAGAGACUAAAGAGACUUUCGCAUUUCGUUAUUGGGCAACACGUCCAUAUCUGACUUACUUUCGCAUUGAUGCAUACGGAAAUAAGCAACCUGAAGUCCCCAUAUUUUCCAUGAAACACCCAUCUUUAACUCAUGACUUGGCUAUCACCCAAAAGUAUGCAGUCAUCUUUGAUAUUCAACUUGGAGCAGAUCCUAUGAACUUGGUACGUGGACGUCGGCUACUAAGUGUAGACCCAAAAAAGGUUUCGAGAAUCGGUAUUCUUCAGCGAUAUGCAAAGGAUGAAUCCGACAUGAUGUGGUUUGAGGUGCCAGGAUUGAAUAUAUUUCAUGUAGUAAAUGCAUGGGAUGAGAGGGAUAAAGAUGGCCAAGAUGUGGUGGUGUUGGUGGCACCAAAUAUGUUGUCGGUGGAACAUUUCUUUGAUCGAAUGGAUCUGAUGCGAACAUCCAUGGAGAAAGUAACGAUUAACUUGGGUACAGGGGUUGUUUCAAGGCACACUAUGGCGACUGAUUAUAACUUGGAGUGUCCUGUAAUCAAUCCAGCCUAUAUUGCAAAAAGAAACAAGUAUGUCUAUGCAGCAAUUUUCGAGAAAACACCAAUAAGUUCGAGGAUGAUUAGGACAAUAGGGGUGGCAAAGCUUGACAUUUUCGCAUCAGAAGACAACACUGAUCAACAUAAUAAGCACACUGUGGCAAGUCGGAUAUAUGGAAAUGACUGCUUCGGAGGUGAACCAUUUUUCAUUGCAAGAGACUCGGAGAAUCCCAACUCAGAAGAGGAUGAUGGGUAUGUGGUGUCUUAUGUGCAUGAUGAAAACUCGGGUGAGUCAAGGUUCUUGGUAAUGGAUGCCCGGUCACCCACUCUAGAGGUUGUAGCGGCAGUGAAACUACCUCGACAAGUGCCGUACGGCUUACAUGGGAUAUUCAUUAAAGAAAACGAUCUCAUCAAUGAAACAUGACAACUUGACUUUAUAUGUUAUGGUAUGUGUACAUGGUUGGAUCAAUAGUUUUCAUAUAGAUCUUAGGAGAAGUCCUAACAUAUAUUGUAGGGGAAAAUUAAUUAUAUUCAAGAAGAAAAUGUUAUUGAACUCCCUCUGGAAUAUGAAAUAUAAUUAUGCAGUCA